AUGGCGGCUACCACGACCUGGAAGACCAGGACUGUCACUCUCGGUGACGCCACUGUAACGAAAAUUCGUGACACCUACACUAUGUGUAACGACUGGAUUACGGCACCAACGGGAAAAAUAAUCCAAAUUCGAGUGACAGCCUUGAAAGAUGUCAGAUGUAAGAACGGCUGUACAUUAAGCGCAAUCGAGCCAAAAGUCAUCGCUAAUAAGGCCAUGACGAGCCCGAGGAUCUGUUGUCCUGGUCAACUCAACCAGAUCCUCCCGAGCAAGAUCAACCCAACACCUGUGGUCACCUAUAAUCUUCAACAUACAUCUACAUUUACUUACCAGUAUAGCAUCUGUUGUCCUGGACAACUCAACCAGAUCCUCUCAAGCAAGAUCAAUCCAACACCUGUGGUCACCUACAAUCUUCAGCAUACAUCUACAUUCACUUACCAGUAUAGGUAUAUUUAA